GUGCGGCGGCGAGGCUGGGGAGGAGGGAGCCCCUCUGCAGCUGUCACGGGCCCCUGAUGAAUCACUGUCCCGGCACUUGGCCGCCGUCCCCGUGCGAGGAGGAGGGAGAGGGACCUGAGAGGAAACAACAGGCGAGCCUUCAAUUUAAAGACAAUAUGUCUUUCACCGGCGCCGUGCCCUCCUCCUCUCCGUUUUGGUUUAAAGGACAGAAUCGUCAUCUGUGGUGAUGAUCUUUGUUUAAAUUAAGGCCUCACGUGAAAGCGGAGUAAUAGAGGCUUCUGUUUGUCUCCCUGGUUUACAGGUGCAGAAGUCCCAAACCAGUUCAGAUGUUGCUGUUUCCUCCAGUUGCAGGUCUAUGGAAAUGCAGGAUCUAGCCAGCCCACACAGCCGACUAAGUGGUAGUAGUGAAUCCCCCAGUGGUCCAAAGCUUGAUAACUCUCACAUAAAUAAUAAUUCCAUGACACCCAAUGGCACAGAAGGUGACAUGACUCUCCUCAGCACUGCAGACUGGUUGCUCAGUGCUAGCACACAGACCGCUGCAGUUAAAACAGAACCAAUGAGCAGCAGUGAGAUUGCUACUACUACUACUACCACAGACGGGUCUUUAGACAAUUUCUCAGGAUCAGCAAUUGGAAGCAGUGGUUUCAGCCCAAGACAAACACACCAGUUCUCCCCACCACAGAUUUACCCUUCCAAACCAUACCCACAUAUUCUUCCCACCCCUUCUUCGCAAACGAUGGCUGCAUAUGGGCAGACGCAGUUUACAACAGGGAUGCAACAAGCUACAGCUUACGCCACCUACCCACAGCCCGGCCAGCCCUAUGGAAUCCCUUCAUAUGGUGCAUUGUGGGCAGGCAUCAAGACAGAAGGUGGAUUGUCACAGUCUCAAUCACCCGGACAGACAGGAUUUCUAAGCUACGGUGCCAGCUUUAGCACACCUCAACCUGGACAGGCUCCCUAUAGCUACCAGAUGCAAGGCAGCAGUUUUACAACAUCAUCAGGAAUAUAUGCAGGAAAUAAUUCACUCACAAAUUCUACCGGAUUUAAUAGUUCACAGCAGGAAUAUCCCUCUUAUCCCAGUUUUGGCCAAGGCCAAUAUGCACAGUAUUAUAAUAGCUCACCGUAUCCUUCGCAUUACAUGACAAACAGCAACACCAGCCCGACGACACCCUCCACAAACGCAACAUACCAGCUUCAAGAACCACCAUCUGGCAUCACCAGUCAAGCAGUUACAGAUCCUGCAGCAGCAGAGUACAGUACAAUUCACAGUCCAUCAACGCCCAUAAAAGAUUCAGAUUCAGAUAGAUUGCGUCGUAGUUCAGAUGGGAAAUCACGUGGACGUGGCAGAAGAAACAACAAUCCUUCACCACCACCUGAUUCUGACCUAGAGAGAGUAUUCAUUUGGGAUUUGGAUGAGACAAUCAUCAUUUUCCAUUCCUUGCUUACAGGGUCCUAUGCUAACAGAUACGGAAGGGAUCCACCCACCUCAGUGUCUCUUGGACUUCGAAUGGAAGAGAUGAUUUUCAAUUUGGCAGACACGCAUCUAUUCUUUAAUGAUUUAGAAGAAUGCGACCAGGUUCACAUUGAUGACGUGUCUUCGGAUGACAAUGGUCAAGAUUUAAGCACCUAUAACUUUGGAACGGAUGGCUUUCCUGCAGCUGCCACCAGCGCUAAUUUGUGCCUCGCGACAGGGGUGCGUGGAGGAGUGGAUUGGAUGAGAAAAUUGGCAUUCCGCUACAGACGAGUAAAAGAAAUAUACAAUACCUACAAAAACAAUGUUGGAGGUCUUCUUGGUCCAGCAAAAAGAGAGGCUUGGCUACAACUAAGAGCAGAAAUUGAAGCUUUGACGGAUUCUUGGUUAACACUUGCACUGAAAGCACUCACCCUUAUUCAUUCAAGGACAAAUUGUGUGAACAUCCUUGUAACAACUACUCAACUAAUUCCGGCUCUGGCUAAAGUCUUGUUGUAUGGAUUAGGGGUUGUAUUCCCCAUAGAGAAUAUUUACAGUGCAACUAAAAUAGGAAAGGAAAGCUGUUUUGAGCGAAUAAUUCAAAGAUUUGGAAGAAAAGUAGUGUAUGUGGUUAUAGGAGAUGGUGUCGAAGAAGAACAAGGCGCUAAAAAGCAUGCUAUGCCAUUUUGGAGGAUCUCAAGCCACUCUGACCUUAUGGCCCUUCACCAUGCCUUGGAACUGGAGUACUUGUAGCAGCUCAGCAGCACUUUGAAACCCCAGAGCCUCCUUCUGCCCAUGGACGGUAUGCCUGUGUCUUGUGUCAGCAUUGGACUACAGAACUUUGUGAUUUCAACAUGUUGACGUACAGCUGCAAUUGGUCUUAACCCUUGCCCUUUCAGUAAACGGAGGAGCAUGUCUUUUUCUUCAGAACAGCUGUUGACUCUGGUACUGCGAGUCCAACAAAAAUAAGCCAUGCAAAUGUUUUAACAGAUCAUCUUUACUAUAUUUGCUACCAAAAAAAGAAAUGGAGAAGGAAGAAAAAGGAAACAAAGGUUCAUACCUGUGAAAAUAAAAAGGACCUGCAAGUGCUUUGUAGUUUUUAAACUCUUCAAUGUGACACACGCCGUUUCUUCAACACAGCAAACUUGAUUGCACAAUGAAGACUGAAAUUUUUCAAAAUACCAGUGGAGUAAUUUUCUUCUAAAGAAGGUUUACUUUUUGGUUUCUCAUACCCAGGGUACUCUGUACAUCUUUACUUAUUUAUGAACAGACUGUGUUUUAACAUCAUAUAACUGAGGAUAUGUGUAAUAGGAAUAAAGGCUAUUAUAAGCCUUGGCCUUACGAUACAGCAACUACUUUUGAUUUUAGCACAUUACAGAGUAGUUUAAAAUAUGUCUAAUUUAAACUAAUAGGUACAUCACUGAGACAAUCAUGUACAGGAAGAAUUUUUGUGUAAAUUUGUAAUAAUGAAUGAUUCUUUUACAUAUCGUUAAGGUAAAUGCUAUUGAAAGAUAGUAAUGCCUUGUUGGUGAAGAAUGAGGCUACGUGUGCACAAAAUGUUGUGCAGUGCCUUGUCAACACGUUGGAUAUAAAUAUGUAGAUAAUGGAUUUUUUUAGAUAAAUUUGUCAAGACCAAAAGCAUGGAUGUCAAGUGUCAAUAUGAAUUGGGUUUUGUUCUUUUCAGCUAUUUCUCUACCUUUUUUCUCUCAUCUAUUCUGAUUAUGAAAAGGUUUUCUUUCCCCUAUUAAGGAAAUAUAGAUAAAACACAACUGAAGAGGAGUACUUUGCUGUCUUCUGUUCGCUCUUAACUCUUUUUUUAGAGUAUUGACAAAUGAAUUAGCAGAUUCCAUAAAGAAAUAGAGAGCGCAGAUAUAUUUUAAGACAUGACAUAAACUGGAAUCUAGGUACCGACUCAUCCAAAAAUAAAGGAAAUUAUUGCGAUUGUUAUUUUUAGAAAUUAGAAAUGGUAAUAUUUUGGAGAAGUUGAGUGAGAUACUCAUAUACAUUUAAGUUUUUUAAUCCUCUUCCACCAGGAGUCAGAUUUUCCUAAGAUAUAACAUCCAUUGCCGGCAAUGGAAAUACAGAAAUACUUAUCGCCAAGGAGUUUAAAUGUGCUUUUGUCUAUAUCCAUUUACAGGACAAACCUAGACCGUGUCUGUCUGUGACUUGUGACUUUUCUAAUCUUGAAGGCCAUGAGCUACUUGAUCAGAUAAACUGUUAGUCUUACUAUUUGACGUGAAUUGUACCAAUUCCCAUUGCUUGUCUCAAAUCUCUUCAUUAAAAAGAAGCGUUGGAUUGGAUUUGUUGUUUCAUUCUCCAGCUUUUCUUUUCUUUUUUUUUUUUUUUUUGUAAAAACACCAGCCUUGAAACAACUACCUGCAAAGCUAUGAAGCACCAAUGUAGCUGCAAAGCAAUGCUGUUCUUUAUUGGAGAAUCACGUUGCUGCUAGAAUUAAAUGUUUGUGGAUUGCUUUAUUAUCAACAAAGAGGUUUUUAUCCUACCAUGUGCUUUACUUUACCCAGUUUAUGAGUAACUGGAAUUCACAGAGUACUCACAAACAUACAUGAAGCACAUUGUGGAUAGCUUCUAAAAAUAUAUUAGCCCUUUAUAUUUCUUCAAAUGAAGUAGACAAAAAUGGAAGGUUGGUUA